AACUUUUGUGCGGGCGGCGCGGCGGGCUCUGGAUUUGGGGCUGAUAGGAAAGCGGGAGUUGGCGAGGGUAAUUGUUCAGGCUGUUCACGAGCUCGAGGAACUGCGGGCUCCCGCCAUUUCCACGAAGUGGCGAGAUCUUAUUUUCGACAUUCGGAAUGCAGAACAAGUGCUUCCUUUAAAGGAUGCCACAAGUCCCCCGCUGGUAAAAACGCGAGAAAUAUUGCAAGCAAAAGUGGCAGAAAUAAAAGCAGCAAUUGCGCAGCUGAAGAAGCAGCAGCAAACUGCUGCUGCUGCUGCGCCUGCUGCUGCUGCUGCGCCUGCGGCAGCAGCAGCAGCGCCGGCCGGCGCGGGCGCGGCGGCCGCCGCAAGCCCGCAGCUGCAGCAGCAACGGCAGCAGCAGCAGCAGCUGCUGCUCCAACAGCAGCAACUGCAGCAACAACAGCGGCUGCAGCAACAGCAGCAGCAACAGCAACAACAGCAAAUACAAGAACGGAGGCCUUCCUCUGGCUUCUUGGUGCCGCCGUCUGCUGCUGCUGCUCUCAGCCCGCAACAGCACCGGCAGCGGCUUCAGCAGCAGCAGCAACAGCAGCAACAGCAACAGCGGCAGCACGAGCAGCAGCGGCAGCAGCAGAACUAUGAGGGCGUCAGUGCACUGGGUGUUGCUGUUGAUUUGUCUCCUGCGCCGGAGACAGAUGAUGACGACAGCAUAUUCCUAUGGCAGCAGCAGCAGCAGCAGCAGCAGCAGCAGCGGCAGCAGCAGCAGCGUGGAAGCUACUCAACGCGGCCUCCAGCAAGCAUGCAGGAGGUUGAGCUGCUCGACCUAGCCCCACAGCCCUCAAGUGGCAGCAGCAGCAGCAGCAGCAGCAACACUAGCAGCAGCAGCAGCAGCAGCAGCCCUGCUGCAGCAGGAAAUCAGCAAGAGUAUGUGCUGCAGUGGGGAGACAGGAGUCCCUCUGAAGGGGCCCACCAAUCUGCAGAUACACCUGAGGACGCAGCAGCAGCAGCAGAGGAGAUAGCAGCAGCAGAGGAGGUAGCAGCAGCAGAAGAAGAGGCAGCAGCAGCAGCAGCAGCAGCAGCAGCAGACGAGGCGGACGAAGCAGCAAAUAUCCACUCCCCGUGGGACGACUUAGAGGAGCCGCCGUAUGACUCUGUAGCUGCUGACAGUGCAGCAGCAGCAGCAGCAGCAGCUGACGCUGCUGCUGAUGCUGCUGCUGCUGAUAGCAGCAGCUCCACAGACGCAGCAGCAGCCACCCAAGGGGGCCCCCACUCGGGGGCCCCCCCUUGGCAGCCACAGCGCAGCAGCAGCAGCAGCCGGGGGCCCCUAGACCUCCUCACAGGAGAUGUUUAG